CCUAGAGGGGGCGUGUCCCCGGCAGUGCAGACCCGGUGUGCUGUGGCCUCGGACAAUUGUAAACGUCAUGGCCGCGCCGGGAGCUCCCUACCCCGGCUUCCUCGCUCUCUUACUGUCCGCGGUGAUCGUGCCGGCCCCCAGCUCCGCUCAGAACGACUCGGCCGCCGGCUCCCCGGAGCUCCCCCUCAUCCUGGGCAUCCGGCUGGAGCACAGCGACCCCCCCGCCCGCCUGUCCGAAGCCGGGGAGCUGGAGGUGACGGAGGGCAGCCGGCUCCUGCUCCGACUCUACGGCAUCAACCUCCGCAAUGACAGCGCCGAGCUGCUCCGCUUCACCGAGGCCGUGUCCGGCCCGCAGGACAACCGCAGCUGCGAGCGGGAGUCCCCGGACCUGCGCGGGGCGGGCAGUGUGAGCGUGCUGGCGGGGGGCACGGCGGCCCUGCUCCGCCUGGAGGUGCAGCCCCUGCGGAAGAGCCAGCAGUCCCAGCUGUACGCAGUGUGCUCCCGCCGGGGGCCCGGGCUGCCCUGGAGGUUACACGGGGCCCCGGACGGCCGGCUGCUGGUGCUGGAGGUGGUGAGGCCGCUGUUACCGCAGUGGCUGCAGGGCUGUAUCAUCGUGGUGCUGCUGGCCCUGUCCGGCAUCUUCAGCGGCCUCAACCUGGGCCUCAUGGCGCUGGACCCCAUGGAGCUGCGGGUGGUGCAGCGCUGCGGCUCGGACCGGGAGAGGAGGUAUGCCGCCAAGAUCGAGCCCGUCCGCCGUCAGGGGAACUACCUGCUCUGCUCCCUCCUGCUGGGCAACGUGCUGGUCAACACCACCCUCACCACCCUGCUGGACGACCUCAUCGGCUCCGGGCUGGCCGCGAUCAUGACCUCCACCCUGGGCAUCGUGGUGCUGGGGGAGAUCGUGCCCCAGGCUCUGUGCUCCAGACACGGGCUGGCCGUGGGGGCCAACACGCUAUUCCUCACCCGCUUCUUCAUGGUGCUCACCUUCCCCCUGGCUUACCCUGUCAGCAAGCUGCUGGACUGCGUGCUGGGACAGGAGAUCGGCACCGUGUACAACCGGGAGAAACUGCUCGAGAUGCUCAAGGUGACUGAGCCAUAUAGUGGAUUGGUACGCGAAGAGAUGAACAUCAUACAGGGAGCCCUAGAAUUGCGCACAAAAACUGUAGAGGCUGUGAUGACCCGGGUGGAAGAUUGCUUCAUGCUACCUCAUGAUACCAUCUUGGACUUUAGCACUAUGUCCAGCAUUAUGGAGAGCGGCUACACACGUAUACCUGUGUACGAGAAUGAAAAGUCCAACAUCGUGGACAUUCUCUACGUGAAGGACCUGGCCUUUGUGGACCCAGAUGACUGUACUCCUCUAGGCACCAUCACUCGCUUCUACAGCCACCCUGUCCACUUUGUAUUCAGUGACACAAAGUUGGAUGCUGUGCUGGAGGAGUUCAAAAAAGGUAGGUCCCAUUUGGCCAUUGUACAGAAGGUAAACAGUGAAGGAGAGGGAGAUCCAUUCUAUGAGGUGAUGGGACUCAUUACGCUGGAAGAUGUCAUAGAAGAAAUAAUAAAAUCUGAAAUCCUUGAUGAGUCUGAUUUAUACACUGACAAUCGUAGUAAGAAACGGGUUGGACGACGCCAAGACAAAAAGGACUUUUCGGUUUUCAAGGACCCAGAGAAUGAGCUGAAAGUGAAGAUUUCCCCACAACUAUUGCUCGCUGCCCAUCGCUUCCUAUCUACAGAGGUAUCGCUUUUCGCACCUACAUUGUUCUCAGAAAAAACUCUACUGCGUCUUCUAAAGUACCCAGAUGUGGUGCAGGAACUGCAUUUUAAUGAGAAUGACAAGAAGGCAUCUGAGCACUACCUCUACCAACGAAAUAAGAUAGCUGAUUACUUCAUACUUGUUUUGCAGGGGAAAGUGGAAGUGGAAGCUGGAAAAGAGAACAUGAAAUUUGAAUCUGGUGCUUUUUCCUACUACGGUGUUAUGGCAAUAAGCUCUCCUCCAACUAUUCCUGACCUUCGUUCUCCAUCCCACAUGGGCAGCCUUAACCGUUCCACCUCCCUCAGUCAUGAGCGUUCAGAUUCAAUCUCCUCCACAAUCAGUGGCAGUAAUACCCAGCUUAGUACACAGGUGCAGUACAUGGCUGACUUCAGUGUACGGGCAGUCAGCGACUUGCAGUAUGUGAAGAUAACUCGGGAGCAGUAUCAAGGUGCCCUUCUGUCUUCACGUCUUGAUAGUAGCCCUCAGUCCCCAGAAGGAGGCACACGCAAGCCAGAUGGUACAUUAUCUGAUCGAAGUGAGGUUCUUGAAGAUGAGACAACAAGUCUACUUAACCAGAGGAACUCUCAGCACAGCCUGCAACAUAAUGCAGUCUGACAAUACCACCAGCGUCUGCAGAGCAUUGCCAUUUUGCUGCCCCAGUGUCUCAGUAUCUUGGCUCUGGAUCUUUGAGGACCUGAAGAAAUGCUUUGUAAUAUAAAACCGAAAAGCAUAUUAUCCUAGGAACCAAACAUUGCAGCUCUGCAGAGCAACAGGAUAGUGAAGCAACACUCUGCAUGUCUGUGAAGAGAGAACUUUGCAAGUCUUCUGUUUAUGUACGUGGUAGACAGAAAUCUAAAAGGGAGUCUGUAAUUGUUGCAAUGUUCUGCAGCGCUGAAGUAUUAGUAACAUGUCAAGGGCAGAGAGCAUAAGACUGGCAAAGGGGAACUGGUGGAGCAAGGUUCUCCAAAACUUUUGGAACUGGUGUACUGCUCUGGAGAGCAGUAACUCAGGGAGGAAUUAGUUGAUUCUAUAUGUGCACUGGAUGUCCACAAUCUCUAAAAAGAGAAAAGUGGAUCAGAUUGUCUUCCUGGGGUGGGUAGUACUGUCUUCCUAGGGGUGGAUGUUCCUCUGUCAAUUUUCCUUCAAGGAAGGGCAACCUGUUCAUGGUUUUUUUUUUUCCCUCUUUACUUAUUUCAUAAGUGGAUUCUUGGUUGUUGAAAGUCUUAGACUACCUCCCCAAGUCUACAAGCUCUAGAGGGAAGUCUGUAUAUUUAUAAGUGCCGCGACUGUGUUAGGCCCUGUGUUUUCAAAGUGAAGACACUGCAAGCAGUAUAUCAGUGAAAUUGCCCCCAAAAACAGUGUUUUGAUUGUUUUUGUUUUUAAAUAUAAUUUGGCAGGGUUUUAAUUACUGAGUGCCUACAUAUGUCAGGCUGUCCUCUAGUAAUAAAACACCUUAUAAAACAUAUGAUUACUAUAGCAAAUUGAUCAGGCUGUAACAGUUGAAAGAAAAAUGAUUCAGUUUUUAAAAGGACAAUAUCCCUCAAAACAUUUUACAUUUACAAUUGUGUGGAUGAGCGUCUCACACCAGGCAAUUAAUACAAUCUUGUAAUUACAAGCACAUCUAUUGAUUAAGACAUAUUUACUUGGACUUUGCUUUAUAAAAAUUAGUGGGAUCUACAUGUCUCCAUGACUUGCCCCAGUACUUGUGGUUCAAUCUCAGCAUGCUAUGUAUGGUUAAGCCAUAUCUGUUGGGUGUUGCUUACACUCAAACAUCUCACUGACUAGCAUACCUGUAGUUUAUAGCUUAUGCCAGCUGCAUAGAGGUAUGAGCUAAAAUCCUGAUUAUUAUGUAGAAAUGUAAGCUAUGAAAUUUCCUACCACAAAGUAGAGAUUAUCUUAAAUCUAUUAAGUGCCAUCUCUGGCAACAAGUCAUUUUGUAAAAUGUCUUUGGAAUCCUGGCGUCAGACAGUAGCACCAAAUAUAUGCUUCACAUUAAAUUAAAAAUAAAGAGAGAAUGUUUUAGGCCUUAAAACAUAUUUUACCUAUUUAAGACUUGUAGCUCCUGACAAUGUACUCUAGUCCUGCUCACUCGCUCUAGUUAUACAUUGGCGUAAACAGGUCAAAAGUGAAGUAGAAUCUGUUUAUAUAUGCAUGGCAAAGGAAAAUUUGUCACAUUUUAGUUUUCACAAAUGUGGUUUGAUGCUGCUUGGAUUUUUUUUUUUUUUAAUGUGUGCAACCAAUUCAAACAAUGGAUGUUAUUGUCAGGAGACCGUAAUAACGGAUCAUUUCAAGUAUUUGUUGACUGACAACUCCCAAAGACAAAAAUAGAUUUGCCAUUAUUGAAUCACAGUGCUGUUUGUAAGCAGAGAUAAAUGUAUGUUUAUUUUACUUAAGCCCUACAGCUAACAUAUGUUGACACAAAGGACUGGCUUAAUGUGAUGGGAUCUGUAGUCUUUUAAUAUGGAGCAUCCUUCCCAUGGUGAUAAAGGCUGCCCUUCCUUACAUUAACAAUCAUCUCCCACAUCCAAUCAAGUUUCCAUUGAGGUUCCUUGAAGAUUUGUGUGAGGAUCAAUCACAGUUGAAUGAGGAAAGGGAUCUAGGUAAUUUACAUAUUUUUAUUCACCCAGAGGACUAAUUGGAUCCUUCCUGGUAACUGACUUUUAUUGUGGUGUAUUUUUUUUUUUAUACUGAUCACCUUGUGCUACGUCCCUCUAUCUGCAUGACUGUAAGCUCUCUCUCCUCUUCUUGAGCGUAACCGUUGCAGUGGAUUAUGGGUGGCACGUCUCAGAAUGUCCUCUGCUGGCAGCUGUGGAAUAGCAGAGUUGAUCAUGUACCAUUCCUCAUGUUUGUGUUCACACUUGUUUACAAUCUCUAGUUCAACCUUCAUCUAAUUCGGUAUCGUAUAUCCUUUUGUUUGCCAAUCAAGAGAACAGCAGUGUCGCCACACCUUUGUAUGACAUUCACAAAUCUUUGUAACCCAAAUGUUUCAGUGAAUCCUAUCUGAGGGUAUUUUGGACAGCACUGAAACUAAACAUAGGCUUCCUGGUUUAUAAUGGUGUGAACUUUCUGGUGGUGGAUUGUAUAAUGAACAGCACAGAUAACGGUAUUACAUAUAUUAUAAAGAUGCAGUGUUUCUGUCCCAUACUUCAUAUAACGCGUUUAGAUGUUGAUUCUUCUGUGAGUACUAUGUUUUGUGUAGUACAAUACAGACACACUCCUAACUGUGCACCCUAACACCUUCACCUUCAUGUAGACCUAUCUUCCAUCAGCAGAAAUUGCCUGUUUCUGAAAUCUCACAAAACAUGGCUGUUUUCCCAAGCUCACAGUCCCUUCCUUUUUUGUUUUUCUUUUACUUGCCUAUUAUGUUUCCCCCUCAAACCUGUGUUAGUGAAACAUUCAGAGCUUGAAUUUUUAUUGAGUUUGCAACAAAUCAAGGCUGAAGUUCUCAAGACUGUCCUUGUGGAAUCCAGGAUUUAAAGGGACAUUGCUUGUUAAACCC